CGUCUACCUUUUUAUUUUAUUUUUUUUAAUGAGGCGCCAGUUGUCUUCGCUUGGUUGAACAUUAUUUCUCUAUCCAGAAAGGGGGACAAGAAGGAAUCAAAACAGUUCAGCCCUCAGCAUCACAAGGAGGAUGCGACUUCAGCCCGGAGUCUGUUAAGGUCCUCAGCUGCUGCCAAUAUGUUCAGGCGAGGUUAUGGCGGAGUGGAGUUACUGUUGGUGCUGUGGGGCCUGGACUUCUCUCUGCCCUGCCCCCGCCACUGCAUCUGCUACACUUCACCUAGCACCGUUUCCUGUCAGGCCCACAACUUCCACGCCGUGCCUGAGGGCAUCCCGGCUCAGAGUGAGCGUGUCUUCUUACAAAACAACAAGAUCCAGAGGCUGCUUCGUGGCCACUUCUCACCCACCACCACCAUGCUGUGGCUUUACUCCAACAACAUCUCCUACAUACAACCGUCCACCUUUCACGGCUUCGACCGGCUGGAGGAGCUUGACCUGGGAGACAACAAGCACCUGAAGGCCAUUGCUUCAGACACCUUCGUGGGUUUGGGUCGGCUACAUGCCCUGCACCUGUACCACUGUGGCCUGAUCAGCCUGCCUCCAGGGAUCUUCGCAGGCCUGAAUAACCUGCAGUAUCUUUACCUGCAGGACAACAAGUUGGAGUUCUUAGAAGAUGAUCUGUUCAUCGACCUGCUGAACCUCAGCCAUCUCUUCCUGCAUGGAAAUCAACUGUGGAGUCUUCGCCAGAACACUUUCCGAGGCCUGGGGAUCUUGGACCGGCUCCUUCUGCAUCAGAACCGAAUCCAGUGGGUUGAUCGCCAGGCUUUCCACGACCUGCGGCGCCUCACCACCCUCUUCUUGUUUAAUAACUCCCUCACUGAGCUGUCUGGUGCCACCAUGACUCUGCUGCCAGCUCUGGAGUACCUGCGCCUGAACGACAACCCAUGGGAGUGCGACUGCAAGGCUCUGUCUCUCUGGGAUUGGCUGCGAAGGUUCAGAGGUUCCACUUCUGAUCUGAUCUGCGUUUCUCCGCCAGAGCUGGCAGGGAGGGACAUGAAACUGUUAAAGAAAGAGGAGCUACCCAGUUGCUUGUCAAGUGAGGGGCAUGGGCGUGACAUGCCAGGUGGGGAGACGGAGCAUGGGGAGUCUUUAAACCACCUGAAUCGUCACCGAAAUCGUCACAACCACCAUCAGAGGCCAUACCUGCCACAUGGAGACCAGUAUAGCCUGCCUUCACCCGCACCCCUGCCACGGCCACCUAAGGGGAGCCGUAAAAACUGCACCCGCCGGGGUCGCAAGGCAAAGGGAGGGAUCAAUGAAGUGCAGGUUCUUCUGGAGGGAGGUGAGAAAGACUAUUCUCCAGAUGGAGGUAAAUAUGACAUGUCUGGAAAUUCAAGAAGAAGAAAUAAGUGCAUCCCCAGGACUUCUGUUGGUCCACCAAUUGGGGUGCAGAGAGCCAAUAACGUGGCAGGGUCACGCUCUGCAGAUUUUAUUUCCUGUUUCUCUUCAGCUCUGCUUCUGUUAUGUUUUGUGAUUCUUCGCUGA